AUGUGACAUCAUCAGCGUUAUCAACCACGACUACGAGUAGUCCUCGCAUCAAGGCUCCAACUCUGUCCAUGAUUUCCCCCGAUUGCGGGAUGGCCUCCACACGAACUCCUGGGCUGGCGUCCCUUCCCCCACCUUUACCCUCGCCCGCCCCGUCCGACGCAUCGAGCAUCUUCUCUUACCGCCCACUACCCCACCCUCGCCCUAGUCCCCUAAGACCCGGCUCUCGACCGGAGAAUUCGCUGAUUGCCUUUCUGGACCACGAGCUCUUGCAAGUUUCCCGGAAAUAUGCGAAGAAGUUCAACGAUGGGGGGUACACUGAUGCUGCGGAGAUAGCCGAUGACCUGGAGAACCUGGUGGACUUGCUGUGGGUUUCCUCUACCCGUAGGUCUUCUUCUUCCCUGUUUGCUUGUUUUGGUUAAUGGAUGUUUGGUGCUGUACUGGUAUGGUAUCUGCCGUAUGAUGUCCCGUGGGCGAUUGUACGGUAACUGUGGCCAGGCUGAUUUUGCAAACUUCGUAGCGUCUCUGCAAACGCAGUAUCUUUUACAAAUAGCAAACUCGUUUAACGAUUACAUAUCUUCAUUCCCCCCGAGCUUUGGGUCGACUUUGAGAUUGCUUGACAAGCUUGAUCGGUGCUUCCACUCUCUGAUCACUGGAUCGUCUACUGAUUCAUAUGCCCCGCUAUUACCGGCCCUCUCUGGUUACAGGAUGAACAUGACUGAGAGGGUCAGGCUCAAGAGCGUUAUAGAGAGGACAAGGCUGCAUGUUGUUGGUCUGGCGGAAGGGACGAUGGAGACCCCUAAUCCGCCGGCGGAAGAAGACGUGCCGGAUGUGGGGGGUCGGGAAUCUGAAGGUUCGCCGGCGGAUGCUAUGGACGGGAGCUCCGAGGAAGAGGAUGAAGCUCUGGAGAUAGAGUUGUCGAAGGUUUACGAGAGAAGCCUGGUAGAGAUCGGGGAGAGCUUGAAGCGGGAGGAAUAGGGUUUCCAUAGCGCUUACCGGUAUCUUGAGUACUCGCGUUCCUUACGGAUAAUGUAAUCUUGGGCGAUCGUACUGGCACCGCCAAGCGAUUUCCGUGCUGUGUUGAGUAGACUACAUGUAUCACUGUAUCAUAGUUGUCUUGUGUUCAUGGGUGAUGAGUUGCCUGUGUGGCUGGUGAGCCUGACAGCUUGAAGUGGCUGGUGGUGAGGCGGCUACACUGCGGCCUGAAAGUUGCGACUUGGGAGACAGGCAGCAAGCAAACAGCCUUGCUUCUACUGAGGACAGAUUUUUUUGAUUUUGGCGGGUACAAGUACACUGCCGCGGCUGCUGUCAGAUGCUUUUGCUGUGCUACACACCCACCACCACAAACCGGGCUUCUUUCUAUUUAAUUUAAUUUUUCUUCGUGCCCUGCUUCUUUCGUUAACCCUAAAUCGCAGCCGCCUCCGAACGGAUCCAUAAUUCGCUGGGUGAUUGACUAUUUGAUCUGCUCGGAAAACGGUGGCUUCUUAGAUGUCACUGAGCGGCCUUUGAGUGGUUUGUUCUAUUUCUGCUGGAGCUCACUGACUAGAUCACGAAAGCCCUGUACUGGGCUGUGCUCGUACAUACACACUUAUCUGCUUCAUCUAAGAAACCUGAUCCCAACAAACUCGUCAUAUCAUCGAAUCAACUUGUUCGAUCCCAAUCCAAUAAUGUCCGCAUUGCCUCCUUUAAAGCGGAGACCGACUGUCCUUGUACACCUACUCCCCCUCCCGUCCUCUCGGCCAUGGCUCCUCUGCGGUGCUUACCCGAGUGCGGUGCAAUGUAGGUUACGGACACCCGGGACUCCACUCCGCGAAGCCGCCCCCCACCUCAACGCCGGCCGUCAGCACCAUCAAUCCCAUCCAUGGUAAGGUUCAUAAGCGUCGACUCGGUCCUGCAAGAAUCUUCGCAGAUACCGUCGGGGCAGAGCCGCAAUCCGCUUGCCCGAGCCCGCGGAGCUCCACCAUCCACCUCCCACUCAACAAAACCGAAGCCCUCGGAUCCCAGGCGAUUCCUGGGCCAGAACUUGCCCGUCCGGUCGUCGAAGCUUUCGGAAAAACUCGUACUGCUCCCGGAAACCGAGGAGGAGGCGAAUCGCUGGGGGUAUGGCGAUGACGACACCGAGGACGCACCGAUCAAGGACGACGAGGAGGAGUGGAGGGGUAGGCUUGAAGCGGAUGAGGAGUCGGCGGAGCAGCCUCCUAGGAAGAGUUACGCUGAGCGGUUACCGAAGUCUCGGAGGGCGGAUAAACUGAGCCGGGUCACCGCUUACUGCACGGCGGAUGCAUACAGGCUCGAAGCUGCGUCCAAGUUUCUCAGAGAGAAGCAUUCGGCCAGGACCAAGUUGUAUGAUGAGUGCCUGUAUUGCGCGUACCACCUGCCGAUAAUGUCCGGGAACGAUGGGUAUAGGGUUCGCUCUUCGCCAGUUUUGAAGAGCCCCGGUGGUAAAGCGGUCUUGGAUGUACAGAUUGAGAGGUCUGAACAGAGGGAUUAUCACGAAGGGUACUUUGAGGAUUCGUAUACCGGGGAGAGACGGGUUAGUGGGGAUGGAAGCUACGAGGAGGAUGGGCAUUCGAAAUCUCUGGGAAAAAACCAUGAAUUUCCACAGGAUGGGAGAGACGAUCACCACACCUACAGUCAAGGAUACAGACCGGAGAGCCCGAGAGACUCGCAUAUGAAUGACAUGAAGGCCUUUGCUGAAAUGUUUGUCUUCAGCUACGGGGUUGCAGUUUUCUGGGGUUUCUCCGAGAGACAGGAGAAGGUGCUGAAGACACAGCCUAUCACUUGUUAUCCGCCCAAUGCUAAUUAACCAUACUAGGACAUCCUCGCAGACCUCACCUUUGCUCAAAACGAUUUCGGCAUCCAACUCACCUCCGGCCGCCUAAAGGAAGACGAAUUUGAGAGUGAAGAAUUCCACUUCCAAUACUCUUCCCGCACCAGAUCACCCAGGGUAAACCUAUAACCCUAGCCCUGGUGCCCGGCCCCAGUGCUAAUGACGGGUGAAUUGCUUACGGUAGAUAUACAACGACAUGAUAACCCUCCGCUCCGGCGACAUAAUGAUCAAACUCGCAAUCUCCCACGCAAUCGCACAAUCCACAAAACUCUGCCGCUUCGAAGAACGCAUGAACUCCACCAUGCUUGGCGUUCAGCACAUCCCCAAGAAGCUUGCCCUAACUGGUAAGCUGGGCAUGAAGCGCGAGGAAGUGGUUAAAAUGAGCGGGAAACUAUUCAAGCUGCGUGUAGACGUAAACCUUUGUACUGUCCCCACCUUCCCCCCUCCCUGCGGUCGGACUGACCAGGGGUAGCAAGCAACGUUCUCGACGUCCCCGAAUUCUUCUGGGACGCCGAACCAACCCUGCACCCCUUAUAUGCCGCCGUGCGCGAGUACCUGGAAAUCGGGCAGCGCAUCCUAGUCCUCAACGAGCGCUGCAGGGUAUUCCUAGAUCUCACGGACAUACUCUCGGACUCCAUUGCCGAUAGCAACAUGUCCAGGAUUACGUGGAUCAUUAUCAUACUUAUCGUACUCUCGAUCUUUGUCACUAUCGCUGAAGUGGCGAUUAGGUUUGGGCUGUUGAGCGCUAGGAGGAAAGCGGGAGAGUUGUGAAGGGGUGUGUGUGUAAAAUAUGCAUUUCAUGGGGGGAGGGUUAAUUGUUAAUUGUUUGUUGGUCGCCCCCUGUGCUUGCUAUGGAAGAGAAGAGCUCGGGCGAAUAUGAUUAUUCUUCCAAAGUGAAGGGGAAGGGUAUUGUGUGUAAUUUGUAGUCUUCAUUAUUGCAUCAUUUCUUCUUCUUCUUCUUCUUUCCUAUCCCCCUCCCUUUCCUCUCCUCUCCUUUCCUUUCCUUUCCCCCCUAUCAUACUCUUUUUCAUCCAUUCAAUAGCAUAGCGAACCAUAGGGUGUCACUCGAUACAAUUUACUCAUUCAUUCAUUUAUUUCCCUCCCCCCCCUUUCGCUAGGUAAUCAACAAAGUGAACAGUCCCCUCACUCACCCUGACCCGCCAGAUUAAUCCAACGCGGCUUCGCACUGUGCGGUAUGGAGGUUGUUGGAUUGGAUUAUUCCGAGGGCCUGGUGGGGAUGCUGUAGUGUACUACUUGUGCUCUGAUGAUGAUCGUUCAUCUCUUCUAACCCUUUUUUUUUUUUUUGCAUUUUCAGUUUCAUUUUCACCA